CUCUUUUUAAACUGCCGCCAGUAUUCGGUUAGCAGCGCUCUUCCCUAACUGAUUUUAAACGUUUUUGAACCAAAAAAAAAAAAACCCAAAAAAAGAAUUGCUGUUUCGCUUUUGUCUCUCCCUCUGGACUGGAACACAACACAAAGCGAGUAGCGUGUGUGUGUGUGUUUGCUUCCCGUGUCUAAAAACACCACCGCCAUGGAGUUUAACGAGACCCUCCUCAUCGAACGCGACGAGAGCGGUGCCGAGCUGCUGGAGGCCGGAAGGUGGGCGACCCUUCACUGCAAGCAGUGCAACGCGGUGCUGGCAGACUCCCUGUCUGUGUGCGGGGAGCUCACGUGCUUGGACUCCAUCAUGUGCCUCAGAGUAACCAGUCACGUGGCAGUGAGUAGUGAAAUGGAGUGUGGAAAGAAAGGUCUGGCUAACUGCGUCUUCAGCCCCCUAAUGUGCGGCGAGUGUUGCCGCGCGGUGGGCAAAGUGGUGCACGCGGCGCCGCCACAACUGGACGCGGCGCGCUCCCUCUUCCUCCUCCACAAGGCGCACGUCACAUGUUAUGUGCUGGACAGCCUCUCCUUGGUGAAAGCGUCCGCCGUGUCUUUUCAGAUGAAGCCACUCGUGGAAAGCAUCAGUGAGGUGAGGUGCCAAUUUGAAUCGCUCUUCGAUCACAUGAAAAGCAGCCUGGCGGACGGCAUCAGCGUCAGCAGCGAGUGGGACAACUGAUGCCUCUGGGUUUUUUUGGUUAUAAAUGUUAUUAUUACCAUAUUUUGUUCGUAUGAAGUUGUGUAUUAUUGGCUAAAAUAGCAGUUCGCGUGAAACUACUUGUUGACUCCCACUGUAGAUUGGCCUGCUCUUUUCAGCUAGGCUAGGCUAAUGCACAGUGGAUAUAAAAAGUCUACACACCCCUCUUCAAACUGCACAUUUUUUGACAUAGUUCGGAUUUGAAAUAUACAGUAUAGGUUAUAGGUCACAUUUAUGCACACAGACGCACACACCAGGCCUUGUCAUUGGCACCAUGCUGCAUUUUAUUAUCAUCAUCAUUACUAUUGCUGAGUUUGAGAAAUACAUUUUUUUUUUUUAAGUCAUACAAAACCAUUGAGGAAUAAUAAUAAGCAUGCCCGUUUUCCUCCUCUUAGCUGCGGAGUGCAUAGUUUGUACACCUCGGUGAACAAAAGAAAUCAUUUCCAUUUGGGAAAAGCUACAACAUGCUCGCUACCAUAAUUAACAAAUUCCCGUUCACACGUAGUCAUAUGACAAACUUGUGGAUUAUUGCAUGCAUUACAAUCAUGUCUGUGAAAAA